GCUUGUUCGGGGUUGGAUCGGAUAGGACUUAUUGUGUAUAUUGUUAUUAAAAUUUUGUAUUUAUAAAAAUAAUAAUUUACUCUCUGACGAAUCGGGAAAAACUGUCAUACACUAAAGCCUGUGUUUAAAGAGCACAUAAACAGUUUUUUGUUGGAUAAUAAUAUAACUGUUCAGUACUUUCAGGUCUUACAGUAACAAUAUAUUUUAUUACUUAGAUUAAAUUACAAAUAAGCUAUGUCGUCUGCUUGCCCAGCUUCUGGAGACAUAUUCGUACCAAUUAAAAUUGAUGAAAAUGAUAUUUAUGCUGGUGUAACAAAACUUCUUAAAAAUAUAAGGCCAAAAUGGAAUGAAGAAAAUAUUAAACUUAAGACUCUUACAGAUGGGAUAACUAAUAAGUUAGUAUCAUGUCAAUAUUUGGAGCCGAAUGAAAAACACGACAUUGUGCUUGUUCGCGUAUAUGGAAAUAAAACUGAUUUAUUUAUUGAUCGUACAGCUGAAAUCAGAAACAUCAAAACUCUUAAUGUGCUUGGGUUAGCACCUCAAGUUUACGGCGUAUUUGAGAAUGGACUUGCUUACCAAUACUAUCCGGGAAUUACUUUGGAUGUUGAAUCUGUUACAAAUAAUAAUAUAUGGCCUCUAGUGGCAACGCAAAUGGCAAAAAUGCACAGAGUUGAACUAGGAAAAGAUGUACCGAAAGAACCAUUCGUAUGGGAUAAGAUUGAACAAUUUUUGAGUUUGCUACCCGAUCCGUAUUCAUCUGAAGAUAAGCAAGCCAGAUUCGCAAAUAGUUUCGGCUCGUUAACAAAACUAAGGAUAGAGUACGAGCGUCUUAAAUCGCACUUAACAAAAACUGAAAGUCCUGUUGUGUUUGCUCACAAUGAUUUGCUUCUAGGAAACGUAAUAUACAACAAAGAUGAAGGGACAAUAUCUUUCAUUGAUUAUGAAUAUGCUGCGUACGGCUAUCAAGCGUACGAUAUAGCCAAUCACUUCAAUGAGUUCGUUGGCCUGACUGUGGAAGACAUCGACUACGACAAAUAUCCCUGCGAAGAAUUUCAGUUUGAGUGGAUCAAAGUAUACCUAGCUAUAUACUUGGAUAUAAACCACCCUUCUGAUGCGCAUGUGUAUAAAGUUUACACUGAAGUUCAGCAAAUGUCACUGCUGUCUCAUUUCCUUUGGGGAAUAUGGUCACUUGUACAAUAUGAACACUCCGAUAUCGACUUCGAUUUUGGAAGAUAUGCUGAAAUAAGAUUGAACAGAUAUUAUGAGCUGAAAGAUAAGAUCUACAAACAACUUAGUUGACUGAACGUUAUUUAGCCAUCAAGAUGCUCCAUUCAUUUUAGUCGCUAGUUCAUAAGAUGCAAAAUUAUAUUAUAUUAGGAGUUAAGAUGAAAAGUACAAUUAUUAUGUAAAGUAGAAAAAAAUAUUUAUUUAUAAAUAUUAGGAAAUCUACCUACUUAUUUAAAUACCUACAUUCCUACUUAUAUUUUUCUGUAAUACGUAUUAUCAAUUUGUAGUUAUGUAUUAAAAUUUACUAUUACAGUCA